CAGUACAAGAGAAUGCGCUGACGCGAGAAUUUAUUUUUGCUUAUCAUACAUUUCUGAAAAAUAUUUACGCCUAUAGGGCUACAUACGAUGUUAUCAAUUUCGAACUUUACUACGAAUUUAUAAUAGAAUAAUUUUUUGCGUUAAUAGAUGAUAAUUAUUUUUCCUAUUUACAGUAAAAUUUACAUAAAUCGUUGAAAAAAAAAUUUCAAGUUGCAAAAUUUUGAUUUAAUAUCACUGUAACCUUUGUUCUGAAAAUGUACUUGAAGUGACUCAUCGUGAUCUAAAUACUAAUUAUGUCUCUGGUUGGAAACGAAGGCGAUAUUACUAGGUACAGGUUGGUUGUAGUAGGCGAUGGGGGUGUAGGUAAAAGUGCAAUUACCAUUCAAUACUUUCAAAAGCUUUUCGUCACUAAUUACGAUCCUACCAUUGAAGACAGUUAUAUUCAGCAUGCUGUCGUAGAUGGCGAAUUAUGCAUUUUAGAUGUUCUAGAUACUGCUGGUCAAGAAGAAUACAGUGCUAUGAGAGAACAGUACAUGAGAUCUGGUGACGGUUUUCUUAUUGUGUACUCGGUUACAGAUACUCAAAGUUUUGCCCAUGUGACUGAUUUUUAUAAUCAAGUAUUACGUGUUCAAGAUGCAGAUUCUUUUCCAGUGCUGCUUGUGGCGAACAAAAUCGAUUUACUGCAUUCCAGAAAAAUAACCGAAGAAAAGGGCAAAGAGAUAGCAAAUCAAUUAGGCGUUGAGUAUAUCGAAACUAGUGCCAAAGAACCUCCUCUGAAUAUCGACACAGCAUUUCAUCAGAUUGUUAGAAUCAUUCGUAAUCACCCAGUUACCAGAGGAAUUCAACAACGACAACGACAAAAUCGCCAACGUCAAAAAUUCAGAAAUAUAUUGCGCUGUGUAGUUUCCUAAUUCAAACGCAUGAAUUUUCUAUCUGUACAAAAAAAACUAUCAGAAGUGUGACAGUAAUAGUGCAUACUUCGUGCUUCGUAAAUAACACCAUUUGAUGCAUAUCUUACCGUUAGUUCGUAACGUAUUUCCGCAGUACCGUGUUGAAAUUAGGCCUAACUUGAAAAUCCUCAUCACAAUUCUCGAAUGAAUGUUUUUUUUAAAACGUAUCGUCGUAUAUUUCUAAACAAUUAUCAAAUUUUAUAAGCUUUAAACUCAGUCAUCGUUUUUACAUAUUUUGUAGCAUUAGGUAAAGAUGAAAGCAUUUUUUAAAAUCGAAUUUUUCAAGUUUUUAAAAACUUGACGAGACACCAAUUUUUAUAGUAAACGAAAACUCGCGCUUGAAAAAGCAUUUUUUCAAAAUUCUAGAUUUAAUUUUUAUUUUAACGCUAUUUAGAGUUCCUAACGCGCUGCUUUAUACGUGUGUAAUUAUCAUGCCGUCUGAUAUUUUUUUAACGCUAGUCAUUAAAUAUCUGGAACAAUUUUUUUCCAACUGUAUACAUACACGUUUCUUACUUGAACAAAUAAAUGUUUUUCCUUA